GGCCCGCCAACCAUCACAUUAGGGCUCGGUUAUCGGUACGACCAGAACAGAACAAUUGCUGCCUAACAUCCACACGUCCGCACAUGACGGAACACACACAGAGAUAUAUACAGACACACCACGCACACACGAACGCAGCGAAUGAGGCUCAGAAGGGGGUCCCUGAGGAUUGUUCUAUCACGUUGCAACGCGGAGGUCUGGCGAUUGGGAGUCAACCUCUGCGGACAGAACUAGACUGCGGACAAGACUAGACUGCUGGGGGGAAGGGGCUGGCGGCGGCGGGUGGUGGGUGGUGAAUGCUGGGUCAGGGAGGUAGGGAGAAUGACAGGACUUCAGUCCUGCAGGCGAACAGGAGGCCCCCAAUAUGCACAAAUAGUCCCUGUCGAUUCCUGGGUCCAUACAUACACAGCUUUUCCCUACGACAUCCGCAGGCCCCCACCGCCGUUUGGAGGUGGCCGACGUUACGACGAGACAUCUCCAGUUGAGUCAGCUCCGCAAUGGAACCACGGGGCAGCUUAUGUACAGAGACAGGUCACAGCUAUUGCUGUACUCAUCUCACCUCUGCGUCGAGCUCCGAUUCCAGCGACUCGCAUAGCGGCACGGCCACAGCAUGGCAAUGCUGGCCAGUCCUGCCGAUCGACUAUAGUCUACCUCCAGCCCAGACGAACCUCCCUGGAUCAUGUCGAGGACACUCACACACUCACACUCACACUCACGCACUCCGCCAUCACCAUCACCAUCACCAUCACCAUCACCAUCACCAUCACCAUCACCAUCACCAUCACCAUCACCAUCACCAUCACCAUCACCAUCUGUCGCGGCCUGCCGACAACCCGAUCUCCUCCUCUCGAACGACGAAAGCGCAGCUCCUGGACGCUGACAUCUGCCGGACGAUUCGUUACACGAAUGCAACUGCGUCAUUGUCUGUCCGCGUCCGAAACGGUCGGGCUGGGUUAGCUAAGCAGAUGUUGUUCGAACCCCCCACACACCUACUGGUACUACUAGCUGUGCGUAAGCAGCUCGAUGUUCACCAGCUUUUAUAAAAAAGGGCGCCAUUCCUCCAGUUCUCCCGCCCCUGCCUCCCCCCCUCCCCUCCCCCCACUCAACCCCACCCGCUACCGGUA